CUUGUUUGGGAAGAUUGCACUCGGAUUUUAAAGAUCGUUUACUCGUCAUGUCGCCGCGUAGAGCUCGAGGAACCCGAAGCCGACCGACUGUUCAGAGCCCCGAGGAGGCUGCCCCUGCUGCACCCUCACGUGGAGGUAUACCUUUUUCAUCCUUUUACGAGUUUAAAUACUGUAUUUCGUAAAUUCCAUAUAUAUAUGCACCUGUAUUUGCUUGCAGAUCCUCGUUUGUAUCCUUUGAGGUACCUUCGAGAAGAGCCGGUAUCCUCCUUUGAGGGGAUCGACGCUUAAAAGUGUUUGUUUUGCUUUGACAAAACACACUUCAUAAUACACAGGGGCAAUUUUACAUCAUCCCAUAUGUAUUGAAAGGUUUUGGUAUGCCGUUAUAAUGCCCGCAUACCUCCUUUAUACAUAUGGUGGAUAGAAAAUCGUCACACCUGUUAUGAGAUAACGACUAUAUCUUAUAGAAUGAGAUAUACCGUUUUUUCUCUAAAAUCUUAGGAUGACACUUACACCAUUUAUGUGUAUGCCUCUUUUAUCAGUCCGAUUUCCUUCCACCAUAUUUACUGCUGAUGUGAUUACUGGCCGGAGUAGCGUGACCCACUCUUAUUACGAGGGGAUCCCGUUAAUUGAAUUCUCUCCCCAGUUUAAAUCUGAUUAUAACGGAAGUGAUAGUGAAUUAAUCCAGCGAGGUAGUUGUCGUGUUCUACGACGAUUAAUCACAGAUGCGCCCUUGAUCUCGGAGCAAGACUCGAAUCAAUGCAUAAGGAAGCCAGAUUUCUUAUUUGGUGACUCGGUAAAAGAUCCGAAGAUUGCUUUCUGCCAGCCUGCGCAAUGGUUGCACCAGAGUGGAUCAUCAUUCUUAUAUCUGCCUUUUAUCCCUCGGGAUCAUUCACUGUUAAUGUUCAGGAACCUAUCAGUUGGACGAGAGAUGUUCUGGAAAUUAACCGAAAACCACGAGCACAUUCAUUGUGGUUUCAUUGGAAAGGAAGCAACUCCAGGUUCCAGUGAAAGAGCUCAUGUGAGAGGACUUCAUCCGGGUGUCUUAGGACAAGACAAUAUUCCUCAGAACGAAAAGAUAGUGCAAGCCAACACUGUGAAGAACCGGUUAGCGGCAGCAGGAAAAAGAUUGCCCAGAGAGACUUUCAGGUGUUAUGGAUGGGUCCAUUAUUCUGGGAACAAGUGGUGGUGGACCAGGAUGACCCAAUAUGUGUUGAAACGUUUUGGGCGAGAAUUAGCAGGAUUAGGGUUGGAUGUCCCGAUUCGUGCCACCAUGCAUGGCUUGCAGAGCAGUGUAAGUCAUUUCCUUUGUUUGUUCGAGAUCUACAACCCGGACACCAAUACAUUCUUUACCAAGAACGGGGAACUUGGACUACCACUGCAUGAAAUGAUGCAAGUGUCUGCUUUGCCUAUGGGCGAUGUCCCAUAUCAAGAGUUCUUUCCGACCACCAAUCAGCUGAUUAAGAUGAAAGAUAGCUCGACUGCGACCUAUGACACUCUAUGGGAAUUGACCUGUCAUUAUCAUAUAGCCAUGGCCGAGAUGGAGCCCAAAGCCAGAAAGAAGUCUCCUCAAGUCAGUUUAAAACAAUUCGCUGAUUAUCUCUUCAAGAACCUGGAUGUCCGUUCGGCAGAUGUGUGCGGAUUGUCUCCCUUGAGUACGGAUGAAAUUAACCGUUUGUUAGAGAAAACCAACGCGCAUUCUUAUACUUCGCGCUCAGAAGAUGGAUUUUUGCACGGCACUAAGUUCCGCUCUUAUCUGUGGCAAGCUGGUGUUCCGAUUAGCCCUACUGCUCUGCUGGCGGGUUUUCUAGCCUUAUGGUUAAAGAGAUGUGUAGUUCCCCAUCAAUCCGCAGAUGCGAUGCCAAUGGAAGUGUUGUAUCCGGCCGUCCAGCUGGCUACAGGUCGCAAAUUAUCUUUGCUUCCCGCUAUGGUGGCCGAUAUUCAUAGUGGAUUGCGGCAACUAAUCUCCGCAUUUACCCAGGAGAAAAAGAAACCUUCCGCCAGCCUGUCCGUUCCGAAGCUGGAGCUGCCCUAUACUUACUUAAUGGCCUGGUUGGUACUUCAUCGACCAGAUUUAAUGGAGGCUCCUGAUACGGUAGAUCUCAGUGUCCCUCUGUUGCAAAAUCUCGAGAAUUGCAAAUGGAGCAAACAUCGAGAGCCGGACAUAACGAGGCAGUUUAAAAUUCACAAAUGUUGGGAAUUUUUUCCUUGCUUCCCUCAGUUCUCCGGUACUUACAACACUACCUUAGUGGAUGCUGAAGACCCAAGGCAGAAUCGUACCAUCUUGGAUGUCGGGUGCUUCAGAUGGUUGAUGAAUAUUCGACCUGGAUAUCUGUUGUUCAGGAUAAGGGAUGUUUGCCACAUCGAACCCUAUCUUCCAUGUCGAUUCGCCCGUCAGUUCGGGUAUGAUCAGAUAUACAUCGGCAACCCGAAUCGUCACCUCAGCUUUCGAGGUGGACUUAUCGACGGGGCGAGAGCUUGGUUUUGGAGCAUUGCCGGCUGCACCAAUGUUGAAUUUGAUCUCCCCUUAGAGACGCCGCCUCUACGGAUGACUUUCCUCUUUUGUAAAUGGCUGAUAGCCACCAAUAUUGUCACUCGACGUAGGAGGAUAUCAGACUCAGAGGAAGAAAUAGCUCCACGGCAAGCAGCAGAACUGCCUCGCGAAGCUGUGAUGUCGCCUCGAGGAAAAGAGGCUGCUGAAUCAUCAAGGAAAGGAAAGGAACCGGCUCGCUCAGUCGGUAGUGAAGAAGAAUUUGACUCUGAGGAGACGGAGACUUCCGAGGAGGCGGGUGAGACUAGCUCAAGUUCUGAUGAAAGAGCGGGUCUUUCUGAUUCUUUCUUUGAAAGAGGACUUGUGUGCCCAUCUGUUGCUCCUACUCAAUCACAAGCUACUUCGAGAAAACGGGGAGAGAGGGUCGUCAUGACCUAUCCUAAUCGGAUGACGGUAGACAUUCUCAGUGGGGACGAAGAGGAUGAAGAGGAUGAAGUGCCUCUUGCUCGUCGACAAAGAUCACGACCUCCCACUCAAGCUCAAACCCAAAUUCCUCCUCGAACUGAAUUACGCACCAAACGUCGUCACGAAGGUCCUGAAGCACAUCCACCGAAGAAACAAAAGAAAGCUGCUUCUAAACCGCGCGUUCAUCUUUCUGCCGUAGAAGAUAUCUCUGGUCGUAAUGUUUCUUCUGAUGAACUAGAGAGUCAAGAAGAGGGAGAAUAUCGAGUUGGAGCUGCUUCUCCUGGAGGUAUGGAGACUGAGGAGACCAGCUUCGUCCAGCAAAUGCAAGAUGUUCUGAAAGAAGGACCAGCUGACGUUCCACCCACUCCUGACGUUGAUCCAUCAGCUGCGGACACAGCAGCUACUGGAGGAGUUACAACUAUCCCCAGCUCCUUCAGAGUCGUAGCAUUUGGGUUAGAGGCUCAGAAGUCUUGGGCUGCCUCGGGGGCUGCUGAUUCUGAUUUGGCGCUAGUUGGAAGGAUGACUGUUGCGGUUGUUGUUGCGGGUUCUACUGGUGUUGCAGUAGACGGGCCCGGAACAUAUGCUUGUGGUGUCUUUGGCAUCCAGACUUUACGAUUCUUCGGUGACUUUUCAGACACCGUUUCUUUCUUGGUUCCUUGCGCUUGUUGA